AUGCGCCACAGUAGCUGGGGCCCUCUUGUUCUUCCCAUGUCUGAACAGUUGCUUUUCUUUGCCACUUUGAUCGGGAGAAAGCUCCUUAAGAUGAAAUUGAAGUCUUAUAUCCCCGAUUUCAAAUUGGCUUUUGAACAUUUCUGUAUUCACGCUGAUGGAAGAGCAGUGUUGGAACGAACUAGAAUAAAAAACCUGCAGCUAUCCAAUUGGCACAUGGAGCCUUCAAGAAUGACACUUCAUCGAUUUGGACGUAUCCACCGACUCCUGAAGUCAAGAGUUACUGCUCAUGGAAGGGUAGGUGCUACGGCUGCUGUCUAUUCUGCAGCCAUUUUGGAGUACCUAACUGCUGAAGUGUUGGAGCUGGCUGGUAAUGCAAGCAAGGACUUGAAGGUGAAGCGUAUCACGCCUAGGCAUUUGCAGCUGGCUAUACGUGGAGAUGAAGAACUCGAUACUCUCAUCAAAGGAACCAUAGCCGGUGGUGGAGUGAUCCCUCAUAUACAUAAGUCACUCAUCAACAAAUCCUCAAAGGAAUAG